GUCUGAGAGGAGUCUGCUCUGCUGAGAGGAGUCUCAGAGAGGUGCACUGGCCUGAGGCACCCAGCAGGGUGAUACACAAACUCAUCAAAGCCCUGCGGCGGAAGCUGCCAUGAAGAUCGCAUCGUUUAACAUCCAGAGGUUUGGCCAGACGAAAAUGUCGGACCCAAACAUUUUGUCGAUACUUGUGAAGGUAAAAAGAGCAGGGGCAGGACAGAUUGUGUCUCGCUAUGACAUCAUCGUAAUUCUGGAGGUGGUGGACAUCAGUGGUGUCUCUGUGGACUGCUUCCUGAGGGAGUUAAACAGAGUGAACCAGGAGCAUCAUUACACCCUGAAAAUCAGCUCUCGCCUCGGAAGAACCCGCUACAAGGAGCAGUUCCUCUUCCUCUACAGGGACGAUGUGGUAGAUCUGGUCGGCUCUUAUCAGUACGAGGAUGAUCAGGCUGGGGACACGGACGUCUUUGCCAGGGAGCCAUACAUUCUGCGCUUCAGCUCUGACAGCACAGUGCUGAAGGACCUGGUGCUGAUCCCAGUCCACACGAAGCCUGAGGACUCGGAGAAGGAGCUGGACGAGCUGUACGAGGUCUUCCUGACUGUCAAGGACAAAUGGAGGACAGAUAACAUUAUGAUCCUGGGAGACUUCAAUGCAGAUGGAGCCUACAUCUCAGCCUCAGAGAUGAAGAACAUCCGUAUCCGUAGCGACAAGAAUUUUCACUGGCUGAUUGGGGAUGACGUGGACACCACCGCACACCCAGGGAAUGAGCACACCUACGACAGGAUUGUGGUAUAUGGAGACGACAUGCUGGAGGCUGUAGUGCCAAACUCAGCACAGCCAUUCAACUUCCAAAAAGCAUUGAGACUGACUGAAGCCAUGGCACUGCAGGUGAGUGAUCACUACCCAGUGGAGGUGGAGCUGUGCAGUCUGCCCAGCAGGGUGAGGAAGAGGAGCAGUAACCUUCCACUUCAGUCUCCAUGGAAACACACUGCAGAAGGCCCUGGAAAUGAAUUCCCCCUCACCCUGAGCUGUCAGACAGAGGAGCUUUACAAGGAGGUGCUGGAGCUGAAAAAGGAAAACCAACAGUUAAAGAGAACCAAACUCAAACUGGAAAUUAGCAUGUUAGAAAUUAAAUUAGCUAAACAAAAGAAAUGAAUUGUGAAUUCAUAUUCUGUUUUUUCUGAUCAUUUUUUAAAUGUACAGUUUACUGUGACAAGCUUGGUGGUCUUACCAAGCAAAUAGGAAACAAUAGAAGCAAGGCCAUACAAGCCAUACAUUUUGAAAAGAAAAAUGUUAAUUGUUACAUAUUAAUUUAAAUUUAAAACCAUCAGCAACAAAAAGAAUUUUUCCCCUGCAUGAAUCCAAAUCAAGUCAAUACACACAGUGAAAGGAGACAAAACAGUGAAAGCAUGAAGGCAUUUCUUUAAAUAUUACAACUAUUACAAACAAUAUUAUAAAUAUUAUAAUAAACACUCACUAACUCUUGUCUUAAACAAUGGUUUACUGCGACAAGUGCACUUCAACAUAACUGAGGUGUAGGACACUUCUACAGUGUUUCUGCAGAAAUCAGGCACUUUCGUUCUGAAAUAUUUAUUGCUUUUUAUGAAUUUCAUCAUGUGAUUUUGGCCCUCAUUUAAUAAGCAAUGAGCCACUGUUACCGUGUCUGUGUGGUUUAUUAAAGCACACUUUUUGCUGAGUGCUCACAGA